UGAUUAUCGGCUUACACAACGGAGUUAUCUUAUGAUCUUUAAAAUGUAAAAUCUUUAAAAUAGUAUGCUUAUUAUAUAUAUAUUGCACUGACAACGCAAGUAACCUAUUUAUGGGUCUUUUGACAAUGCAUAUUUCGAAAUGAUACCAUGGAAUCAUGGCAAAAGAUUACCUACGAUCCCGGGUAGGUGUAAAGGACAGAUUGUUAUAUUGUGUUACACGCUACUUUUCUACAGUGUAACAUGUGUUGAUGUGGAACCACAAAAAGAAAUCUAUGUGCCAAAUUACAAUGUUUACCACAAUUUAACCCGCAUUGGCAAAGAAGUCGAAUACCUUUUAAAAUUCCCAAAUUAUGUCAAAGUGUAUACCCAUCAUAAAUCCCGACAGAAUAGACAACAGUAUCUGCUGCACAUCUCAAACUUCACAAAACACAGUGAAAAGUUUGACAACUUGGUUGAAAAGCCUCGAAUACUUUUUUCCUUCGGUGAGCAUGCAAGAGAAUUUCUUCCAGUUGAGAGUGCAAUUUAUUUCAUAAGGAACUUGACAGGUGGCCUUUUACCAGAUGUAGAUGGCUUUUCAAGACAGUUUACUCAACAAAUCCUUUCCCUAGUAGAUUUAUACAUUAUACUAAUGGCUAAUCCAGAUGGCCGUCACCAUGUUGAAAAGACAAAGAAUUACUGCUGGCGGGGAACUAGUACUGGAGUCGAUCUUGAUAGAAACUUUGAAUGGGAGUUUGGUGGAAAAGGAAGCUCAAGUGAUACUGAGGAUGAGGAGUACAGAGGGAAAGAUCCAUUUUCAGAGCCAGAGAGUUUAGUUUUCCAGGAAAUCACAUCUGAUGUCUCAUUUGAUGCUUUUUUCUCCUUCCAUUCAGGAAUCAAUCAUAUUUACAUUCCAUAUUCAGAUACAAAAUCCAGACAGCUCAAGAGAGUGCCAGAUAACAUCCAGGAGAUGUUGAGAUUAGCGGCUCAGUUGUCUCGCUCUACAAAGUACAAGUACAGAUUCGGAACUUCACACCAGCUCAUCAACUACACAGCUGAUGGCACCAUAUUUGACUACAUGGCAGGGAUUCAAAAAAUACCCUUUUCUUUUACUGUGGAGUUGUGGGGUAAACAACAUCAGGGAAUGAGUUGUUUUGAUUUAUUCAACCCUAAAAGUGAUGAGUUACAGAAAGUAGUCAGCAAUUUGCAUCCCCUCUAUAUCAACAUAAUACGAUAUCUCUCGGAAUGGAAAUCCAGAAACAUUGCAAAAAUGACCAAUCCAUAUUCGGAGCGACCAUCCAUGGUGCUGGGAUACAUGUUAUUGGGGAUAACAGCGUCUGUGUCAGCCAUGAUUUGUCUCCACAGAAAGUUCAGAAACUGUCCAAAAAUUUACACGCACCAAAGAAUCGUGUCCCUGAAAACUCUCAGUUCCUCAUUCCCUGCAAAGAAUCUGUGACAGUGUGAAACAUUUCAGUGUUCAUUCUUUUUUUUUCUUUUUUUUUUUUAAACAUAUCACAUGUAUACCAAACAGACAGAAGUCCCUAAUAUGAACUAAAAAAUCUUUGUAUUUAUAUUGUUCUGAUGUUGAUAUAUUUUAUUCAUUAAAUUAGAUAUAGACCAAUAACAA